GGGGCAGCCGGUGAGGAGCGGGGCCCGAGAUGGCGCGGAGCGGCCGGGCGCUCGGCAGGGCACUGGCCGGUGGGCUCGCCGCCGCCCCGCCGCCGCGCACGGCCGCUGUCAGAUAAUGCAACAAGUUCCUUAUCCCCUGAUCACAUGUAAGGCCGGCUGGAACAACUUGAGAAACAAAAUAUGCUUUGGGAGAAGAAUUGAUCUUGUAGCUGGAAGAAAAAGAAAACGCAGAUGAGAGAGAGAGAGAGACUGCAAUUUGAAAAUCUUAGGAGGAAAAAGGCACUUGGCUUCUUGUGGUAUUCUGAUGACCAGAAUUUCUUCUUUGCAAGUACCUGUAAUGAGCCAUACCAUUUCAAGAACUUUCUUCAACAUUGCUGCACCACUAGUAAAUAAAAGAAAAGAAUAUUCUGAAAGAAGAAUUAUAGGGUAUUCUAUGCAGGAAAUGUAUGAAGUUGUUGCUGUUGUGGAGAAUUACAAACUAUUUGUGCCUUGGUGUAAAAAGUCAGAUAUAUUAUCAAAGCGCUCUGGAUACUGCAAAGCACAGUUAGAAAUAGGAUUCCCUCCUGUAGUAGAGAGGUAUACAUCAGUUGUUACCCUAGUGAGACCACAUUUAGUUAAGGCAUCCUGCACAGAUGGAAAACUAUUUAAUCACUUGGAAACGGUGUGGCGUUUCAGCCCAGGUAUCCCUGGUUAUCCAAGGACAUGUACAUUGGAUUUUUCAGUUUCUUUUGAAUUUCGUUCACUUCUACACUCAAAACUGGCUACGCUAUUUUUUGAUGAAGUGGUAAAGCAGAUGGUAGCUGCCUUUGAAAGAAGAGCAUCCAAACUCCAUGGCCCAGAAACAAGCAUACCUCGGGAGCUAAUGCUUCAUGAAGUUCAUCACACGUAAAAGGCAAAUUAUAAACUUGUUUGUACACUUCAUUUGUACAAGAGGUGCCAUGCUCUGCCUUUGGGGCGCCUAUUUCGUAUCUGACCUUUGUGUGUGAUUUCAUACCAUACCAAACACACCUGUUCGGCCAUGUAUGUAUAUAGAAAGUUCAAGCUGCAAUCGAGUGCGACUUAAAAAGCGUUAUCAGUAACAGACAAUUGGCAGCUACUGUAACACAACAUAUCUCAGGCUGCCGUUCAUCAACUUGCCAAAUGGUUUGUGUAAUCACAGUGUAAGUUCUGCCUUAUCCAAGCUUAUGUUUUUUUCAGCAUCAUAAUAUAUUAACUCAAGUUUAAGUUAUUAGUAGCGUGAAUGUAACUUAACAGCAUCAACGGUCAACCCGGCCACAAGAAGGGAAACUGACAUUCUGGCUUUGGGGAGUAUGAACAGUUUGUCAGGCAUUGAGCAGCAGGUGCUUUUAAUCCAAAUGAAUGAUAAGUGUAACUCGGGAGUCUCCAGCUGCUGUUGAAUUCUGACCAGCAACUGCAACAGGAAAAACAACACAGCCUGAACACUCCUGAGUUUUCAGAUGUUAAACAUAAGGGGUACACAAAAUGUAAGUACCACCAUAAUUGCAAUGCAGCAGUUUCAGCUAUAGCCCAUGGUUCUCAGCUGCCUGGGCUCUAGACACUUGAAUUCGUAGUUAUGCUGGGCAGGCUCAACGUGCCUACCUGCCACUGUUUCGCUGUUAGGUUAUGGUAGAUGUAUCUUGUCUAAUGCAAGCAGUUCCCAGUUCCAACACAACUUUAAACCAAGUAAAUGUUACCUCUUUGAGAACUCAGGCAGGGAUUCACAACAUUCUGUACCACAGUGCUGUCCUCCCUGGAAGGAAGGAACAAGAUGUCCUCAACUUACUGCAGACAAGCACACCCAAGGCCAAUUGUCAUUAAAAAACAUAGAGAGCUAAUCUUAGUUCUUAAGAUUUUUUUCAGUACCAUACUACCAUUUAAUUAUCAGUCCAUUAUGAUGGUACCAGCCAUUUUGAUUAAAUUCAUUUUCAGUAGUUCUCUUCCUGACAUUAAUAUUCUCUUUCUAGUCUCUGAAAAAAUGUUAAGUUUUAACUGAUUUUAAAUCCUGUCUAUAUGCUGCCUUGCACUACCCCAUUUCCUUACUGAAAUUAGGUAAAGCUUCACAUCAGGUGUUGGAGCUGGUCCUUUCUCCAAAGUGUCUGUCAUCCACAUGGUUACUACAGAAUAGUGUGUUAAAUAGCAGAGGAAGGGAGGGUUCUGGACAAAGACAGCCCUGAAGCAGUCUCAGACAGGGCUGAUAACUUAAAGAGUUAGAUAGUUUUCAGGAAAGAGCAACUGAAAUUUCACACAUCCUAUCUGUGAAGGAUAGUUCUGAUUAAAGGUAGAAAGCCAAGGAAAGUGACAGCUGGAUUAAGAGGUCAGUUUUACAGCACUGUGAAGUUGUACAGCAAUUUCCUAUGUUGAGUCAGAGAUAAACAUACACAAGUCUGGGAACACCACUGUUUUGAAGUCUGGAAAGCAGAGUUGAAAAGCAAGCAGAAAAGAGUUCAGGCAUCAGGCUGUGUCAGGUUAAAGAACACAUUAGGUGGCAAACAAAGCUGUCAUUUUUCAGCAUAAAGCAGCAUCUAGUGCAAAAUAAUUCAAACUAAAUCCUGGAGCCCACUACCAGAAAGCUGGAAGACAAGACUGGAAGUCUCAAGGCAAGGAGGUAACCACAUACCACACCUGAACAAGAGAAGUAUUUAAAAACCCCACAACACAACCCUUUCUUAACAAGGAUGACUUACCUAUCUCCUACCCUUAGCGCACUUUCCCUCCCACAAGACUGUGAACAAUGCACUGGGCCUGUUCCAGCACAGGAAACAAGCAGUAUAGACAGGGCAAAACACAGUCCAGAGCACGUGCCUUACUUUCAUUGCAUUGUUUAAUAUUUCAAAGAACUGCAGCGUCAGUUCAGCUUAGAUAUUUCUUGCCAAAAUUGAAGUCACUUGUAUUUCUGAGAAACAUUCUAGCCAAAGGAAUGUUUCCUGGAGGGAAAUGGCCUGUCAUUUCCAAGCACAAGUGUCAGAUUUCUAGUAAAUGUUAGAAGCAGCAGCAGACUGUCAACGUUCUCCUAUGACUAUGGCUUUGUGUGCAGGUGAAUAAGGUGAUACAUUUUGUAACUUUUGAGCAGUUUGUUUUAUUACAUAAAGGUCACAUAACUGUAUAUUUGCCUACUUUGUACACAAUUGUCUAGUCUCACGCACAGUGGCUUCCAAGUUCUUCCUAGUACUGGCAAGCACCAAUAAACUCUGAAACAGAA